UGCAACAAAAUACAAUAUAUUGAAAGACGUACAUUUGAGUCACUACCUUUUUUGCAGUAUUUAAAUCUCGGUUGUAAUUUAAUCACAGAACUGAACUUUGGAACCUUUCAGGCCUGGCAUGGAAUGCAGUUUUUACAUAACGUGGUUCUCAGUCGUAAUCCUCUGACAAUUGUUGAAGAUUCAUAUCUUUAUAGAUUGCCAGCAUUAAGAUAUCUAGACAUGGGAAGAACACAGGUGUCACUUACAAUAGUUGAGAACAUCCUCAUGACAAGUCUUGAAUUGGGAAAACUGAUCUUACCUAGCCAAAUGACCUGCUGUCUCUGCCAAUAUAAAAGUGACAUUGAGGUUGUAUGCAAGACAGUCAAGCUGCAUUGUGACAGUUCAUGUCUGACAAAGAGCACACAGUGUCUUGCAGAAGCAUCUAUAAAGAAUGCGGAAGGACCAUUCAUGAAGAUAUUACAAGCCCGGAAGAAGAAGACCAGCACCGAGCUAAUUAUUGAACCAGACACGGUGUCCUCAAACAAAACUGAUGUCAAUGUUUCAGCCAUCAUGGAUGAGCAGCUAGAUUUUAAUGAUGAGAGUGAUGUUAUUAGUGCAUUAAAUUACGUAUUGCCUUAUAUUUCGGAGGGUAAUAUAGAAGAUGCUGAAUCAACAUUAUUACCAUUCAUUAAACUGCUUUUUGCAAAUAUACAAAAUGAAGGUAAGCCCUUGGGUUCUUCUAAAGACAAUAGAAGGAGUCCUUCUCUUGAACUUGAAUCCAGUGAUCCCACUUAUGAAAAUAAAUUGGAGAAGCCCUAUUUUCUGGAAAAUUUGCUAGAUGAAGAAAUUCAAGAAAAAAUGGAUGAGGUCAAUAAAAAAGAAAAAAUUGCCAUGCUUACUCAGUCUAGCCUUUUAGGUCCCAAAUUUAAACGCCAAAUCUUUCCAAAGAAAUCAGAAACUGCCCAACCCCAGGAAAAUAGCCUGGCAGAGAACGAGAAUGUAGAGAAGAGGCCACAAAGAGAGAACACCGUCAUCAAAGGCCCAAAGAGCAACAAGAAGAGGAAACUGAAAGAAAUAAGGGAUCAGAGAAAUGAGAACAAACACAGUGCCCAGCAAUCUGUACAGAGCAUCUCCAAAGAAAUAAGGCUCAGGAAACCCAGCCCGAGGGAGCCAGAGCAGCUGUACGCGGAGCAGGGGCCCGGGAAGCUAGCGGGAAACUCCUUCCACCCAGAGCGGUCGUUCCCACGGGAACAUAAGGCAGCAGCCUCUUCGAGCUUGCCACAUCCCGUGAUGCACAGGCCUUCUGCUUCCACCACUGCAAAAUCCCUGCUUGAGGUUGGAAAGAAAUCAGAUGACUUAACGGACACCUUUUCUGUUUUAGAAUAUGCAAAUUCUAGAGUUAAAAAUAUGAAGGUUCCUAAACCAACCUUACAUUCCCCCCCAAAUCACCACCUUGAUAAAACUCAUUCUCAUGUGGUCCACAGAACACCCGAGUCUGAACUGAAUCCAAAGUUGAGAAGGAAAGAUAUGUUCAGGAGACUGAUGCUUGCAAAAAGGCCUCCAUUCUCGUUAAUGAGGAGCCUCAUUAAUUCCCCUUCCUGGGAGCCUUUUUCAUCUUCAGAUCUGAGCCCUCAGGAAAAUCUGUUUCCAGAAACACUGGCUAAACCUUCUGCAGAAAACACCAUUGUAGAAAAGAUUAGUCCAAGAAAUGAUUUUGAAGAAAAUGUUGCUAUAGAAAACAGUCCUGUGCCAGAAGAAACUAACUCUGAAAACACUGCUGCUCUACAUUCCUCUGUGACCUCACUCAACUUAAUGCCAACUGUUGAACAAAGUGGUGAAACACAAUGGGACUACAACAUGGGCACCAACUCACCCCCCAAGCCCAAAGGCUUCUCCAACCUACCACCCUUAUCCCUGGGGGAUCAGUUUGAAAUUCAGUUGAACCAGCAGCUACAGUCCCUCAUCCCCAACAAUGAUGUGAGAAGGCUCAUUUCUCAUGUCAUCCGGACAUUGAAAAUGGACUGCUCUGGGGCGCGUGUGCAACUGGCCUGCGCAAAGCUCAUGUCCAGAACCGGUCUCCUGAUGAAACUGCUCAGCGAACAGCAGAAAGUUAAGAUGUCCAAGGCAGAGUGGGAUACAGACCAAUGGAAAACCGAGAACUACAUCAGUGAGAGCACAGAAGCCCAGAGUGAACAGAAAGAUCAGGAGUCAAGGGAGCUCACAAAAGAAGUUCCUGGAUACGGCUAUAAUAACAAACUCAUCUUGGCAAUAUCCGUGACUGUAGUAGUGAUGAUUUUGAUUAUAAUUUUCUGUCUCAUUGCGAUUUAUUCUCAUAGAAAAUCAUCACAGGCAGAUGAAGAAGGAGGACGCUCAAGGAGCAAUUUCCCAUUCCUGGGUGGGAGAUGCACAUCAGAAACUGAUACUCAGGAGGGUGGCUCCUUCUGGUUAAGGCGGCCACUCUGGCUUAGAGAUAUGUAUAAACCUCUCAAUGCCACACGCCAGAAAAACAUGGCACAGAAGCUACACGAUGAGGAUGAGAUUUCCAACAGGGAUACAGGGGAGCUCACCGAAGUUGUGGUAGACAAGAUGUCACCUGGGGAGUUGACUACUGAGAGUGAAGAAAGUGAGGCAGUUGCUGAGAAGGAGAACGUAUAGUGACCCUAUCCUGCCUCAGGCUACCUACCAUUUUUCCCCCCCUAAUAUUGGCUUCUCAAGCAUUGCUUAUAA